CUUUUCCCCUUAACAAAACAAAUUCAGGAAGAAAGAGAAAUCAAAAGAAGGCAAAGAUUUACUGCUAUCUCUUCUAUCUCUUUUGGGUUUUGCAAAGUCUCGGUCAUGUCUUCUUCUAUACAUAUCUUAUAUGUGUGUAUAUUGCUCUCUCAAGCUCUGCUACUACUACAUGUGGCCCUUUUUCUUUUAUCUUUGCUUAUCCCAACCUGAACUUCCACCAUGAGCCUUUGAAUUUUUCUGUUUUUGAGCCAUGGCUGAGAAUGCUGAAAUUGAUGAUCGAGUGGAUUUUGAUGAUGACAACUAUAUUGAAGAAGAAGAUGAUGUUGAGGAACAGAUGGAAGAUGAAGGUGCAGGAGAGGGGGCUGAAGAAAUUGGCGAAGACCAAGAUGAACAACAUGAGGACUUGCAACCUGGGGAUUCUGGGAAAGAGCAGGUAUUCGAAGGCGUCAGGAACGACCUUGGUGCUGAACUUGCAGAAAACGUGGGAAACCCGAAUUCCUCCAAUGAUGUGGUAGAGAAUGAUGAACAUGCUGAACUUCUUGGCCUUCCUCCUCAUGGUUCUGAAGUAUUUAUUGGUGGACUUCCCAGAGAUGUUUCCGAAAUUGACCUCAAGAAUCUUUGUGAAUCCAUUGGUGAAAUUUUUGAGAUAAGAGUAAUGAAAAAUAGGGAUACUGGUGAAAGCAAGGGUUUUGCUUUUGUGGCAUUCAAAACAAAAGAUGUUGCUCAAAAGGCCAUUGAAGUACUACAUAACAAAGAGUUCAAGGGAAGAACCUUAAGGUGUUCACUGUCAGAAACAAAAUACCGAUUGUUCAUUGGCAACAUCCCUAAGGUUUUGACUGAUAAUGACUUCAGAAAAGUCAUUGAUGACACUGGUCCUGGAGCCGAAACGAUUGAGCUUAUAAAGGAUCCACAUAAUCCAAAUCGUAAUCGUGGGUUUGCUUUUGUUGAAUAUUACAAUAAUGCCUGUGCUGAUUAUUCAAGGCAAAAAUUGUCUAAUACUAGUUUUAAGCUAGAGGGCAAUACCCCAACUGUCACCUGGGCUGAUCCAAAGAUCACACCUGAUCAUUCAGCUGCUGCUGCUCAGGUAUUGUCCCAAAUUCAUGCAAAUGGUUGAUUUUUAAGAUGUGAAAGUUUUUUCCCUCCUUUUAUUGAAUUUUCUUUGCAGUCUGAUCUUUUACCAGUAUGUCCGCAUAUUGAAGAUGUUAACUUGAAGCUUAUAGAAGGUUUAGAGCAGCCUUUGGCGUGUAGAUGAUGAACUUCCAUAAGAUUUCAUUCACUCAACAUGCUCUAGAAGUAGAUAUUUUGGAUGAACUCACAAUUUGAUAUGAUAUUAGCCCUGUAUUAAAAGUACGCAAAGUUCUUGAUUUUGUGUCUCACCGAUAUAUUUUAUAAUUCUAAUACAUGCGUCUCCCACGUCAGAUGCAGUAUCUAUGUUGUCUUGAAGCCAAUAUUUAGGGCAUUCACCAUUUUAGCAACUUAAUUCUUAGAUUCAGUGUUAAUUCAAUACCUUUUCAUAAGCAGCUGAUGGGUAUUGCUAAAGAAUUUGUAUUGCACAUAUAGUGGCUUAGGACUAUUGUUGUUUGGACAGGCAUUAAUUGACUUGAACAUUAACAAUUACAUGGGCAAGGUGUGUCCCUUUCAACUAUUGGUUGACAACCACCAUUGUUUCUUUGCAUCCUUAGUUGGAUCUGACUGCUUUUAGAAAGUCAUAAUGAAGUUCUUUGAGUAACUGUCAUAAAGAAAGGGCAGCAAAGUUGGUUUAUAAAUUGGUGCUGCCACCUUGUUAUUUUCGGAGGGGGUUCAGAAGAUAAAUAACCAGAAAAUCCUACAUAUGAACUGAUGUAAAACUCUUCAUCAAUAACAUCUUGUGGAACUUUAGCAUGCAAAGGCGGAAUAUCAUGAUGGGGUGGAAAGAUGAUUCAAGAAUUUAGAAGUUCAGUAGUGGUAUAUCUUAUCUAUGGUUUGAUUCAGAGAAUUCAAUUGCUGGACUUCAGUAUGAACUGUCACUUAGACUAAAAAAAAAAAAAA